AUGCCUGCGGCGGCGACGGAGGACCCGCGUGGAAUGAGACGCCGCGUGAUUUACGACCCGCCUGCAGCUUCCCCGCACCUCACCUCACGCCCCUCACCAGACAGAGAUAAGCUCUCAGCGAGCCGACCGCUCCGCGUGAACAAGGGAGACGGCUACACCGAAAACGCUUCGAGGGGUGUGCGCUGCGUAAUGCAAGCGUGCGUGCUAUGCGCGAUGUGGACGUGCAAUGACGGCCGAUCGUUCCGAUGA